AUGCUCCCUUCUAUUGUGGAGGUACGCUUAUCUGAUUGUGGCAUCAACGCCAUUCCGCUCUCUCUUCCACAUGUGAAUUUUACUUCACUUUCUGUUCUUGAUCUUUCUUGGAAUUCUAUUAAUUCAACGAUACCUGGUUGGUUGUUCAACAUAAGUAGCCUGGAGUACCUUGAUCUCAGUGGUAAUUUUAUUAUUUCGACGAUACCUGGUUGGUUGUUCAACAUAAGUAGCCUGGAGUACUACCUUGAUCUCAGCGGUAAUUUUAUUAAUUCGACGAUACCUGGUUGGUUGUUCAACAUAAGCAGCCUCGAGUACCUUGAUCUUAGCUAUAAUUUCUUUCGGGGCAUCAUUCCGCCUGCAAUUAAGAAUCUAGCUUCGCUCAAGGCCCUUCAUUUAUCCGAUAAUUGGUUUCUUGAAGGCAAAAUUCCGGUUGAAUUUGGGGAGCUAUGUAAGCUGCAGUAUUUGGGAUUGUCAUACAUUAAUAUCAGCAAAAAUUUGCAUGAACUUGAUAAAGUAUUUACUGGAUGCAUCAAAAAUAGUUUAGAAACUCUGUACAUGGAGAACACCCAGCUUGGCGGUUAUUUGCCGGACUGGUUGGGAGACUUCAAAAAGCUCAAAUAUCUCGAUUUGAGUGGCAACUCAAUUUCUGAUCCUAUUCCUGAAUCACUUGGAAGGUUGUCAGCACUUCAAAAAUUAUAUCUUUUCGACAAUAAGUUGAAUGGGACUUUCCCAAAAAGUCUUGGAAGACUUGUGGAGUUAGUUGAGUUAUACCUCGGAUGGAACCUUUUGGAGGGUGUCAUGUCUGAAGAGCAGUUUGCCAAUUUCACCAAACUGAAAUCUCUAGAUUUAUCACAAAAUCAAUUAAUUCUGAAUCUGACGUCUGAUUGGAUUCCCCCUUUUCAGCUUCGGAUAUUAUUUAUUGGUUCUUGCAAGUUGGAACCACGAUUCCCAGCAUGGCUCCGGAUGCUAAAAAAUAUUACCUAUUUAGACAUGUCUAGCACAGGAAUUUCAGACACUAUACCAGAUUGGUUUUGGAGGUCAUUUUUCCAGAUAUUCGACUUAGAUAUCUCCAGCAAUGGAAUCACCGGUAGUGUACCCGAUCUUACAAACUUCAUCAACCUUAAUUAUUUUAAUUUGAGUUCUAACCACUUUGAGGGUCUAUUGCCAAAUUUUAAUUCUUCAAUAUUGCAGCUACUAGACCUAUCAAACAAUUCAUUUUCAGGAGUGAUUCAUCUUGACAUUGGUAAAAGUAUGCCUUACUUCGAAUAUCUCUCCCUUUCAACGAACAGUUUAAGUGGUGAAAUUUCCUUAUCACUUUGUCAUCUUAGAUAUGGCGUUCUUGAUCUUUCAAAAAAUCUAUUGUCAGGAGAACUCCCUUUAUCAUUGAAGAGUUGUACGACAUUAAAUACUCUUGAUCUUGGACAGAAUGGAUUCACUGGUAAAAUACCUACUUGGAUAGGAGAAAGUUUGUUGUCUUUGAAGAUCCUUCGCUUACGAUCAAACAAGCUUGUUGGAAAUAUUCCUUCUAAUCUAUCAAGACUAGGGGCUCUUCAAAUUCUGGAUCUGGCUUGUAACAAUUUAUCAGGAACCAUCCCUUCUAGCUUUGGAAACUUUACUGCCAUGAAAGUGUCGGGGGAGAUGAAUGGAACUAUUUUAAAAAAUUAUACUCGUUACAAUGAAAAAAUGCAAGUGACCAUAAAAGGAAUAUACAUUGAGUAUGCUAUAUUGCUUCCACUUGUGAUCAUUAUAGACCUUUCAAAUAAUAACUUAUCUGGAAUGAUACCCGAAGAGUUGACCAAUCUUUUUGGACUUGUGAGCUUAAAUUUGUCUGGAAAUCAUCUGACAGGAGAGAUCACAGAAAAGAUUGGUGCAUUGCAACAGUUGGAGUCACUUGACUUAUCAAGAAACAAUCUUUUCGGUGGAAUUCCUUCAAGCAUGAUUGGUCUAACUUUUUUGAGUUACUUGAACUUGUCAUAUAACCAUCUAUCAGGAAGAGUUCCAAUAGGUAAUCAGCUUCAAACCUUCAUUGAUCCAUCUAUCUAUGUUGGUAAUCAUGAUCUUUGUGGGUUCCCAUUAAGUCAAAAGUGCAAAGAUGCCAAGACAAACCAAGGUCUAAAUGCAGUUGGAGGGGAUGAACAGAAUGAUAAUACCAUGGAUGAAGAAGGAUCUGAAAUGAAGUGGCUGUAUAUGAGCAUGGAGCUAGGAUUCGUAGUAGGUUUCUGGAUUGUCUUUGUCCCACUAUUGUUUGAUAGAAAAUGGAGAGAAGCCUAUUUUCAACAUAUAGAUAAAGUAUUCAAUGUGGUUUACAUGGCCCUGGCAACAAUUUUCACCAAGUUCAACACU